UCACAUGCAAAUAUAUGUAUGUAUGUAUUAUGUUUGGUAUGAGAAUGUGAUGGAUGGAUCCCACAACCUUUCUCUACUUCAAUUCACCUUCACAUUCACCUGGACCUGGUGCAUCUCUGCUUCAAACUCCCAUCUCCCUCUGAUUCGUUCCCAUUCAUCAACACCAUGACCUCUAUGUUGCAGAGCUUCCACAAGGAGAAAUCUCUUCCAGUUUCUCAUAACACCACACAGGACCCACCACCACCAACAGCCGGAGCCGGAAUGCGCCGAAGGAUCUCCUCUAUGACAUUCCAGAUCCAACCGCCGACGAUGUCAGACACUACCGCGUGGGCGUUGCGCAGCUCCAAAUCGGUGUCUUCAAUGGGGGAAUCGGCGUCUACCUCCAUCAAGACCUGGUGGGCUCGUGGCUGGGGAUGGAUCCUUUCCAGAAAACCAGUAUUCGCACAGGAUCUGGAGAUGAAUCAAGAAGAAACCUCCGUUCUCGGUUGCCAUAACAAAGGUAGCUUGAGACACAUCCUCUACAAGUUCAGAUCCGAGAUCCGAAAGCUCGUCGGAUCUGAUCAAGCCGGACUUCCUCAGACCAUCCGUUCAAAGUCCUACAGUUCCGCCAUUUGAGCAUAGCACCAAAGGUUAGUUGAAAAUCAGAAUCCAUUUUCCAGCUACAUAUUCACUUGAUGUAUCGAUUAUUCCUAUACUUUGCUGUAAAUUAGAGAGUGAUUAUAAACAUAAGACAAGUAAUACACCAUUUCGCCGGUGACCACCGUCCGUUCGGCAGCAAAAACCCGAUGUCGGCGGAUAAUUUUUCAUUUUUGCCACUGAAUUCUUAUAAACAUUCGUAAUAUUUGUAAUACUUUUGAGUUUUGAUUCCUUGAUAUGGGUUUCUCAGCUUUGUUA